CCGGAUUUGGAAACAUUCGCUAGCGCGAAAUUGAGCCAGCAUCAUUUGUAAUCGCAGACAUGAACUGGAAAGUGGAUGAGGAGGUAUAAGAAUAUCGCAAAGAUGCGGUGGAAGACAGUAUCAGCUCGAGGCACUUCAGUCACAUCAUCACCUCUCUUCACAACCUACCCACGUCCACAAUGGCAACGCACUCUGCGGUAGCAACAGUAGGCCUAAAGGCCAAACUUGAGCUCAUCCAAGUACCUACCGUCAAGCCUACAGGGAACAAGGUCCGUGUUCGCAACGAGUGGACCGCUUCCACGCCUCUGGACCUGCACCAGAACGAUGGCGGUCUUCUUGUCACGCACCCACAGGUGCUCGGUGACGGCACCGGGGGCACCGUCGUCGAAGUCGGACCGGACGUGAAUCACUUGAAGGUUGGCGACAAGGUGUUUGGUUUUACAUGGAGGAGUCGGGAAGAGAGAGGCCAACAGCAGUACGUUACGGUCGAGGAGUGGUUUCUUGGUAAAGUCCCCGAUGGUUUCACGCUCGCAGAGGCAGUGACGCUUCCAAACAACUUCGUCACGGUGUUCCAUGCUGUGACCGCAGACUUAGGUAUUGAGCUGCCGUGGCCGAAGUCUGAUGGCUACAUGCCCAAGAACGCUGACAGCCCGAUCUUGAUCUGGGGCGGCUCGUCGUCCGUGGGCCAGUUUGCGAUUCAGAUCCUGAGGUAUUAUGGCUACACCAACGUCCUGGCCACUGCCUCGCGGAAGCAUCACGAGAAGCUGCGCAGUCUCGGUGCUCGGACGCUGUUCGACUACAACGAUCAAAGUGUUGCAGCGUCUCUGCUGCAAGCAAUUGGCGAUACUGGAAUCCCCUUGAUCUUGGACUGCAUCGGAAGUAAGCAUGGAAGUGUCACACCCAUCUCGCAGGUUGCCAAGAACGGUGCGAAGGUUGCGGUGCUGCUUCCCAUCAUCGUGCGGGACUCGACUGAGACCGAGAGUCCUAUAUACGAGAUGGAUGUCGAGAAGGUAGCGGACUGGCAGGCGGGCGUGGAUGCUCGGGGUGUAAGAACGCACUUCUACCCCAAUAACGAAUUUUUCAAGCAUCACCUCCAGCCUGACAUCAUGCCGGCGAUGCUGGAGCAGCGCAUCGUCGAGCCUCAAAGGCAGAAAAUUGUCGAGGGUCCGACAUUGUUGGCAAGAGCGCAGGCCGCCAUGGACAUGCUUCGGCGUAAGGAGGCCAGCAUGGAGAGACUGGUCUGGCGGGUCAACGACAUCGAAGCUGAGCGGUGAGAUCAUCAGUUUUGUUAUUUGACCCGGAUAGGACGGUUCUUUAUUGAAGUGUUUCGGAUAGCGCUGGCGGUGGAGAACAAUCAAGGAGAUGGAAGGAGCGAUGCAGGGGCGACCCCGCUUUGGUCAGCGCCAACACCAGGCGGAUUUCGACAACAAGAUAACAGCAAUUCAAAAACGAAGAGAACUACCUCAAAAUAUCUCAAAUGUGC